CUAGAUCUAGUCUAAACCACCACAACUUUGAUAAAUAUUGUUGUCGUGCAUAAAAUUUCCAAGUGUUCCUACCAUUUUCUAGAAAACAUCUACAAGUCAUCAUUCCCAUAAUCAAACUCUCAUUGUUGCAUUAUUCUAAACCAUUUUUCACCAUCCAUCCUAAAAUGAUCAGUCCUCUUAUCUGUGGCAGUUUUCAAGAUCAACAAGAUGAAGAUUUAGAGCUUUUAAGGUCAUGCACGAGUCCGAAAUCUCGAAAACCUGCCAAAUGGCAUAGCUUUGGUGGGAAAUCAAGUAAAGGUAACAGGAACCCUUAUGCAGACCGGGGGCUUGAAAAAUUUUCUGCACUUCUGGCUGAGCUUGAUUCGAAGAGACAGAAGAUUUAUACGCAGAAGGGCUCAGAGGAUAUUUCUCUUCUCGGAUUCGUCUACUCAAAGUCCGAUGAUUAUAAGCCUAUUGUUGUCAGAUUGAAGAACAAGAAACAGCCUAACAUAAGUAGUGAAAAAGACAAGCCUAAAAGUACUGAUAAUAUUAGUACUUCUGAGAUCGAGCCGGCUAAUGUUGCUAAGGUUGAUCAGGGCAGAGCAAUGUCUCAAAUCGUAUCGAAUACAAAGAUUUCUCCUAGGAAGAUCACCUCCGAUUUUCUUAAGAAAAUGAUGUUAAAGCAUUUGAGGCGGCCUGCAUAUUAUGUUCCUAUGGUUACAAUCUUUAUAUUAAUUUUUUUGAUAUUAUUUGGAAGGUCUUUCGCCAUAUUGUGCACAACUCUCUGCUGGUACUUCGUGCCAAUGAUCCAGAGCCUCGAUUACAAGAAGACCAAGACUAUCAAGACAAAGGCCAUGAAGAAAGAUUAUGCCAAGGCCUUGAGCUAUAGUGGCAACUUGGCCACAACUAGUGAUCAUGAAAUAUCAAAUUUAAAGAAGUCUAAGGUGAUGAAGAAAGCUAUGAGUUACAAUAAUAAGUUUGUGAAGACCGGGAUCAGUGAUCAUGGAUUAUCUUCUCCGCGGAGUGUGCUUAAUGGAAUCAAGACGCCUCCAACACCAGCUUCCCCACCACAGCAAGAUCAUCGGAGGAGUUUUCCAAGAUAAAACGUUUAAUUAAGCUUGAUUAUCUGGCUUUUGCUUGAGUUUUGAUCCUUAAAUACUUUUUUUUUGUUUAAGUGUCUGAGUUUUGGUGAUUUUGAUCAUAUGUAAAUAUUGAAGUUCAUGAUUUGAACCAUGAGCUCUAUGUAUCAUCAUUGUAAAUUACUGUAAGUUUCAACAUUAAUGUUUAUGAUGUUUACAUAUUAUAA